AUGAAAGCGGAAAAUGCUAAAUUGGUGGAAACGAUGAACGAAGAACAGAGUCAUGUGUACAAUGCCAUACUGCAGUCUAUUCAUAACAAAGAAGGUGGACUUUAUUUUGUAUACGGGAGUGGAGGAUGCGGUAAGACUUUUUUGUGGAGGUCUUUGAUUUCAAAAUUGAGGUCAGAAGGGGAGAUUGUCCUGCCAGUUGCUUCUUCAGGCAUUGCAGCUACUCUUUUGCCAGGUGGACGGACGGCACAUUCACGGUUCAAAAUUCCUAUUGUCCUUGAUGAAUUUUCACUAUGUGGUAUAGGAAGCAAUUCAGACAUUGCUCAGCUUAUUAGGCAAACAAAGCUUAUUAUUUGGGAUGAGGCUCCUAUGCAGCACAGAUUUGCUUUUGAAUGCUUGGAUCGGUCCCUUCGGGAUAUCAUGAAAGCUGUUGAUCCAUUGAACGCUACAAAGCCUUUCGGAGGGAUAACUGUAGUUCUCGGAGGUGAUUUUAGACAAAUACUUCCAGUCAUUCCACAAGGAGACCGGAGCCAAAUUUUGUCGGCCUGUAUUACUAGAUCUCGGCUCUGGAAUAUUUGUACAAUAUUUCUUCUUAAAAGAAAUAUGCGGCUUGACAAGGGUAAUUCACAGCAGGAAACCGAUGAUAUUAAUGCUUUUGCACAAUGGGUAUUGGAUAUGGGUAAUGGAAUACAGUGCACUCCUGUUCCUUCGAAACCUGAGAUGCUUGAAGAUGAUGUUUUACUGCCAGAACAAUUCUGCAAUUUGAAUGAAGAAAAUUCGGUUGAAAAUAUGAUCAACACUAUAUAUCCGGAUUUUAUCAGCAAUUGUGGGAAUUCCAAGUAUCUCAGUGAGAGAGCCAUAUUGACACCCACUAACCAAACAGUUGGUCACCUUAAUUCUCAAAUUGUUGAUAUGAUUCCUAGUGAGAUGUUUACUUAUUAUAGUGUGGACAACGCUGAAGAAUUUGGUGGGAAUGAUGCUGAUCUAAGUUCUGCGUUUCCUAUAGAAUAUCUCAACUCUAUGAAUCUCCCUGGAAUGCCUCUUCAUGACCUCAAACUAAAGGUUGGUGCUGUUGUAAUGCUGAUGAGGAAUCUUAAUCAGACUCUAGGACUUUGCAACGGAACUAGGAUGAUUGUUACAAAGUGUCUAAAGUUCUGCGUUGAGUGUGAGGUAAUAUGUGGUUCCUUCAUUGGUACUAGACAUUUUAUUCCACGUAUGGAAUUAUGUCCAUCCGAUACUAGGAUGCCUUUUAAGCUGGUGAGGAAGCAAAUGCCGCUUCAGAUCUGCUACGCUAUGACCAUCAACAAAUCGCAAGGUCAAUCACUUCAAACUGUUGGUCUUUAUCUUCCUAAAGCUGUUUUUACACAUGGCCAAUUCUAUGUUGCCAUAAGCCGGGUUACGUCUCCAUAUGGGUUAAAGGUUUUUGUUGAUGAUGACAGUGGUAGCAGCACAAAUUUGACACAAAAUGUUGUGUACAAAGAGGUUUUCUAUGCACUGCCAAGUACUUAA